GCAUUCGAUGCCAUUUGUGCAAGACCUCCCUGCCGAACUUCUUGUGGAGAUAUUCAUGCAUUGCGCCCCGCGCGAUCGUGACGCCCUUUACAGCGAGCAAGGCGUGAACUGGGUGGCCCCUUCUCAGGUUUGCCGCCAAUGGCGUUCAAUCGCUUUGGCGUGCAAGAAAUUUUGGGCCGCCUCAAUACCGUUUGAACCGCCGUACUGGACUUAUAUGGCUCUACGUCGGGCGCGGGAUGCACCGCUAGCGUUCAAUAUCGACUUGAGCCAGUCAGAUAUGCGGCACUGCGCGACCACUGUUGCUCUACACACCGAGCAGCUAGUCGAGCUCGCUAUCUCUGGCUCUAGAUGGGAAAUCAGGAGGAUGCUAGCCCAGUUCGUCCAAGACAGCGCGCCGCGGCUCGAGGUGCUCUCGCUGAAGGUCGAAUCGCCGUAUGACCAUCACAGUACAGCUCCAUGUUUGCCUGACGUCUUUCAAGGGCAUACGCUCCAGCGACCACCUCUUCUCAGAACGCUGGAGCUGGACUUCUGCUACCUUCCAUUGACCUCGAACCUAUAUGCCGGGGUUACCACAUUUGUCUUGCGGUACCCAAGUCCGCUGUGGAGUGUCGGUUUCAUCCACGACUUGCUACAGACGAUGCCACAACUCCAAUCGGUCUGCCUUGCAUCUGUUUACGACAUGCCGCUCAUCACACCUGGUCAGGUGCUGGUCCUGCCUAGGAGUCUCGCCAGUAUGCGUUUUGUGGCCAGCCCUCGAGCGCCCUCGCUAGGGGAACAAUGCGCAUUCGAGCUUUUCUUGCAGAGCCUCAAAUUUACUGCGGAGAGCUGGGUAGUUGUGUGCGAGGUCGCGGAACUGUUGCACACGGUACCCGUUCUGCACAGGUUCCACGACUACGUAGGCCCUUCUCCUGUGGAAUUGGAGCUCGGCGUGGAACGCUCUUAUGACGACGAAGGCACUGUUGCGGAAACGCUAGAUGUACGGCUGCAGUCCGGCACUGGCUCGCAAUGCCAAGCGAUCGUCCUCAACGUAUUCUCUCCAUCACCUUCUAUUGCUGAAGCCCUGCGACGGCCACUGGAAAUGAUCCGCCCAUUUCGAGUCGUGGACUUCAGCGCCCGUGGUUUUCUUGAAGACGACAACUCUGAGUGUGCCAGCUACGGCAAGCAACCGUUGUGGUGGAAGAACAAUAUGCCUCAUGUGACGAAUUGGACCGUCGAUGCGCUACCACCGGCCUUCCUACUCGAAGGAGUCGUCGUCCGCCUCAUGUUGUCCAUCGGCGUCGACACGCGUUUCUGCGACCGUCGCGCUGUCUGCGACGAGGAUGGGCAUGUCAUCCAGCUAUUCCCAAACCUCCAAAGCAUACGUCUCGUCGGCAUAGACCUCUGGACCCCACUUGUGGGGUACUACAAGGCUCGGGUUGCGGAAAAAGAAGCAUCGGUUCUUCCGCUCAUCCUGAUGAUUGUCUGGGCAUGCGCUGAGCGCCAGCGUCUCAAAGUCCCGAACAGCCACGUCCCUCGAAUUUUCAUCAAGGAUUGCAAGGGCGUGGAUGUAGGCGUCGUUUACGCGAUGCGCGGCCUGACAUCCGUGGAAUGGGACGGGAUGGGGCAAGCGUCGUGGACAGACUACGAGGACGUACGCACGGCGGUCUUGGAGGAAUACACCGAAAUGUUUGCUGCCGAGGAGGAAGAGACAGUACGCGGUUUCACGAUGCCAGAUAUCGAUGAGGAUUCGGCGGGAUCCUCAUCAUGA